AUGAACCAACCUGUCAUCCUUUAUGCCUUAGAACGGCGCCAAAACGGCGCCAAGAAUGUGUUUCUCACUAAGUCAGAUGUAGAGGGCAUCAUCCGGAUCAAGCAGGGCGACCAGCAGGCGCCCUCAGGCCGGCGGCGGCGGGGUGCGGGAGGGGGGGCGGCAGUGCAGGGCGGCGCCAAGAACUACAGCAAGAAGGUGCUGCAGUUCUUCCAGGUGCUGAAGGGCGCUGGCGGUCAGGACAUCCUGUGCCGCUGCGUCAAGCGCAGCGGAGAGUGGCGGUGGUGCCCCGUGGUGCCGCUCGAGGAGCUGCCCCGAGUGAUCAAGGAGCACCACGAGCGGGCGACUGGCUUCAGCGGUGUGGAGAAGCUGUACACACAUCGCGGCAAAGUGGGCAAGCAGCUGGGCCGCAACCGCAUCGUGUGCCGCGUGGUGGAGAUCAAGCGGCCCUUUGGCGUGACCAUGUACCGGCUGCGGAGCGGAGCUGGAGUGGUGGAGGGUAUGCAUCAGGCCAGCAGGCUAUCUAAGGCGCCACCCAGCCUGGCCAGCGAGCUGACCUUCAGCGGCACGGCGCAGCGAGGAGUGCCUGUGGUGUCUCUCAAUGUGGCGAUGGCGGCGCAGCCCGGCGGCGGCAAGGCAGCCGUGCGCUGCGGCUGCCGCGGCGCCUGCACCCGGAACUGCAGCUGCAAGAAGAAUGGUGCGCGGUGUGGGCGGCACUGUGGCUGUAUAACCGCCAUGAACUCGAGCCUACGCAACACGAGUGUGACCGACGUCCCAGCGAAGCGGCCGCUUGCAGUACGCGUCUCUAGCAAAGACCGCAAGGCCCAGGCGACGAGUGCGGGCCGCUCGGCCCGCCCUGCCACCGGCGCCUUGCAAGAUGGCACCCUGCCCCAAGCUUCCGGAGGCGGCGGCUCUGGCUCCCUGUCAGCCGAGUCCAGCGCGGCCGACCUGGGCCUGCUGUCGUGUGGCCUGUUCGAGGACGAGCUGGAAGAGCUGCUCUUAUCACACAGCCCCAAGACCGCCGAUGCGGCCUCGCACCAGCUGAAUUGACGCAUGUCUGCGCGGCCGUGGGGAGGGGUGGCGCCCCGCCGCCCCCAAUCCCCGCCGGCGCAGGCAGGCGACCCAGGCCAGACAUCCCACCCCCUAGAGUGCCACGCUUCCAGCUUAGUCGACACAUUGCGAGAAUGUUCCAUCCAUGUCAUCCUCAAUGCCAUUUGAUACCCGCGGCGGCCCCUGGCGCCCCGUCUUCCCCUUUCUUCCCAGCCGGAGCGUGGAGCUGGGCGUCAGGCGCAGCCACGCGCGCCCCGGCGGCGCUGCGCCUGCCCCGCCGCCCCCUCCCCCCGACCUGUUUUGAUUUGUAUACUCCCCGCUCCCAAACCGCGCAUGGGCUGAAGACGCCCCUCUGAAUGCUUGUGGAUUUGGACCCCCAACGUCUCCCGUCUCGUGCGCCGCUGUAUGCCUCUCUUCCGCCCCUAGAGGCCCCUCGUGGUCCUGUGCUUGUCGCCCCAUAUACUUUAUCCCCAGCCCUACCAACCCGUUUUGAAGCCCUGUGUCAUACAAAAAUCAAUUCUCCAGUGCUUGCAAGCACCCCCAACCCCCCUCCCCCUCUGCUUGAACCGACCCGUUUUUAGUGUGUGCCUGAGUGCACGCCUGCACAUUCCCUGCCCCCUGCUUGUAACUUGCAUCAGCGCCGC